GUUAGCAUGCCUGUCUGCGAAUAAGGAUAGCAAUUUCCUCAUGGCUGAUGUGCUGGAUUUACAUGGGGAAAAUGAUUUUGAAGAAGAUGCAGAUGGUGACCACGGACUGCUGAGGCUGAAGGAAAGCGCCAAAAAACGCAAAGGGCGUGGUUUUGUGGUUGACGGAGUGGACACCUCGAAAAGCGGAUACGAAAGCUUAAGGGCAACGGAUGGUGAAAGCGGAACUGGACCACAAAGAUCCGUAGAAGGGUGGAUUAUAUUUGUACGUAAUGUCCACGAAGAGGCUACGGAAGAAGACAUACGGGACAAAUUUUGCGAAUACGGUGACAUAAAAAAUAUCCAUCUUAAUUUGGAUCGCCGCACGGGCUAUUUAAAAGGAUACGCUCUAGUAGAAUAUGAAUUAUUCAAAGAGGCCCUAACUGCGAUGGAACAGUUAAACGGCAGCGAACUACAUGGACAGAAGGUGCUCGUUGAUUGGGCUUUCACCAAGGGACCUACUGUGAGUAGGCAAUCCACUCGGCAUCGUAACCGUGACCGCAGCCGUAGCAGAUCUGUCGAUCGUGCUCGAAGAUAGCAUUGGAACAUAUCUUAUUGUUUUAAUACAUGUGCUCAUAUAUUUCCGA